AUGCGAAGAGCCGUCGACGAUUUUAAGUAUGUUAGCAACGCAGCACAGUAGAGAAACAUUUUUUAUUUUUCAGACAAUACCAAGACGACACAGCUUCAUGUCGGAGAAAAUGCGAUAGAAUUGUGAAACCAGCGGCAAUGUUUCACAAAAUUUCAAGUUAUCAUGAGACGAGCGAAAUUGCGCUCUGCCUUCUUCGCUGCCGAAAAGACACGUUUGGCGGUAAUUCAAACUUGUCACAAUAGAGCGAAUGAGCGAAUUUUUAGACCAUGAAACGGUACGAAAAAUGAGCACGUACUUUGAUUUGGCCGAACGCAAACCCUAUCAAUAUCUGCACAUUUGUUAUCAUCGACAGGGCGAGUUCGCGAUGGCCGUUCAGUCGGCGUACACGUUUUUGGUGGCCAAUCCGCAGGAUAAGGACAUUUUGGCCAGUUUGGAGUGGUACAUGAAGCAACCCGAGUACUCGGAAAACAUGUUGAUUGAUAUGGAACGCAGGGAUUAUGAGGUAUUUCGAGUUUCCACUUUUACGCUCCAAAACUGAACAAACUCUUGUUUCUUGAACGAUUUCUGUAACUUUCCUAGUUUACGAGAUAUUGCACUUUGAACUUUUGGAGCGCAUGUGUACACCUUUUCCCCUCUCAGAUCAAGUUUAUAAACGGCGUGGAUGCGUACGAUCAGCAAGAUUGGUCGCGUUGCGUGCACGAAUUCGAAGCGUCUCUGGAAAAAGCGAUGAAACAAGACGAGAAGUGUCGCAUUUUGUGCCACGAUAAAAUCGAUUGGAGUGUGGUGGACGGAAAUCCGGAGAUUGAUAUCCUUCUCGCGAGUAUCCGGGCUUCAGUGGUCAGAUGCGAACACAACUGUCUCUACAGACUGGCCAAUAUUAACGGGCAUUAUGUCGGACACCUUUUGGCCGCCCAUUUCGAGUAUCUCCACUAUUGCCACUUUAAAAGUAAGUUGUCGGUCGAACUUCUGCUGAACGACUUCGAGGCCAUCCAUUUCAGUGCAACGUGGCGCCGAAGCAUCUCAAGCUGUUGCCAACUAUCUGUUGUUUGAUGAUAAUCCGUUGAUGAGAAGAAAUCGUUAUUUCUACUUGAAGCAGUACAAAAAAGAGGAACUUUUCCGGCCAUCUCAAGAGAUUCUCGCGAUUUAUGAGAGAAGAGAACUGGAAUCGAGAUAUUUGACAUUUAUGGAAAAGCGAUUCGCUAUUCAGAAUGAUGAGGUAACUUGGCUAAGAAUCAAACGCGCUCCAUUGAGAAUUUCAGUUGCCGACCGAACAAGCCGACGAUCACAACCCGCUUCCGCUCGAUAUGCACAUCGAAGACAGUUUUCCGUACAAUGAGGUUCAGCACCUGAUUACGGAUAUCGAGUGCAGGUUGCUCCGAUCUGCGUUCGAUGUAUCGGAAAGGGAUGCGUUCGUAAAGGAACUCGAGAAAAGGGUUCAGGUGAGAAACUAGAAAGUUUUUGUGUAGUUUUGCACGAAAUCGAUGCAUGACGUAUUCUAUUCGAUAUAGUUUUCUGCGCUGAGUUUUCUUUGAAGGUCUUUCCUAAGUGUUGCAACAGUGCAGUCUUUCAGAAGCUGUGGAGCGGCGCCGAGUUCUCCUCAAUCUCCUGCGGAUCCGAUGUCCGAGAGGCGAAUUGCUCUAGAGCCAUAGUUUUCAGCGCGGAGCCGACAGACUGCGGCGAGUGGCUCGGCAAGUGGUUCACCGGAUGUGUCGUCGUUUUUUGCGAUAACAAGGCUUCAGACUAA